AUGUGGCGUGGCACAAGAGCGCGGCAGGCAUUGCCAGAGUUGCCAUAUGUUGCUACACUGCUGCAUCUCCUGAGGUGUUUCUACAUCUCGAAGAGCGAGCUGAAGUUCCUCCAGGCAAACGUGCCGAGACCGAAACUGAAGACCAGUGCCAAAGAUGAAGGAUCUGGGCCCUUGGGCAUGCCCUGGGCUGUGGCGAUCCACCCGAGUCUCUGGGCGAUCUUCUUCGCCCAUAUCGCUUUCAACUAUGGCGUGUACUAUCUCACAAACUGGAGUCCAACCUACUACAAUGACGUCUUGCGCCUAAGCCCUAAUGAGGCCAAAUACCACCUGAUGGCUCCCUACAUCAUGAGCUUAAUCGCCACCUGCACGAGCCCCUUGCUGGUGAAAGCGGUGGGCAGAUUGGGUUGGGAUCUGCUCACCACCCGCCGCCUCUUCACUGCCUCGGGCUUCCUCUUAGCAGCGGCAGCGUUGGCACCUGUCCACGUGUUGCGAGACUACAGCCCGUGGGUUUCCACGGCGCUCUUCAGCUUAGCAAACGCAUCCUUUGGGCUGACACCCAAUGGCUUCAAGGCCAAUUACUUGGAGAUCACUGAGAGAUACGUUGGAGUGGUCAGUGGCUAUGGAAACACACUGGGGACACUGGCAUCCUGGGCGGGGCCACAACUGGUCGCCCUCCUGCUACAGCAUUUCCACAGCUGGGACCUUGUGUUGCUUUCCUUGGCAGUGAUGAACGUCAUGGCUUCGGUGAACUAUGUUCGCCUCGCCAGCGUGAAACCAGUGGAGAAGCUUUUGGAGUUGUCCAAAGAGGCCCCAAGCAACAAGAAAGUUGAUUGA